CGCCUUUCAUAACGUAGUAAGCUCUCGUUGCGAACGGACGUAGCCCAAACCAACUUGGCCUUAACCCUUGCGCUCCCUCCGAUUUAUUCCGCGACAAACACAUUCCAGUGGACAGUGGUGCAAUUCAGCCCAAGACCAACCUACAUUUUAGCUCCCUGCAAACCCGUUUCUUCACCAAAAUAACUAUGGCGUCCAACCGUGCAGCGAAGUCUGGUUUUGCCGCCGAGGCCCAGCGCAAAAUUAACUCCAAGUACAGCGAGGAGCUGGCCCAGGAGAGCCUCGAGUGGAUCAAGGCCGUCACCGAGGAGCCCAUCAACACAUCCGGCGACACCGACAACUUCUUCGAGGUGCUCAAGGAUGGCGUCAUCCUGUGCAAACUGGCCAACGCCCUGCAGCCCGGCUCCAUCAAGAAGAUCAACGAGAGCAAAAUGGCCUUCAAGUGCAUGGAGAACAUCUCGGCCUUCCUUGCGUGCGCCAAGAACUUCGGUGUGCCCACCCAGGAGACCUUCCAGAGCGUUGAUCUCUGGGAGCGCCAGAAUCUGAACUCGGUGGUUAUCUGCCUGCAGUCGCUGGGUCGCAAGGCCUCCAACUUCAACAAGCCAUCAAUUGGACCCAAGGAGGCCGACAAGAACGUGAGGAACUUCAGCGACGAGCAGCUGCGCGCCGGCGCCAACGUCAUCUCCCUGCAGUACGGAUCGAACAAGGGCGCCACCCAGUCCGGCAUCAACUUCGGCAACACCCGGCACAUGUAGAUCGGUGUCCUGCAGCCAGGAUCCUCCGCCCACACUUCGCUCUCAGACAUUCCGCAUUCCGCAAUGAAAGACCAAGCCAAAACUUUUGGGUUCCACACACACUUUUCACGAUUCGAGCUAGUUUUGGGAUGAGCCCCUGAAUGAUAUGGAUAUGGAUAUGGAUAUAUAUUUAUGAUACCAAUUUGUAUUUGUAUUCCAAUUGACCAGGCGUAUGCUGUUAUGUAAUAACAUAAACUACUUUAAUUUAAUAUUAUUAAGUACUCGUACAUACGGAUCUUAGGAUGAUUUAUUCUAUUUUCAACAUUUGCAUUUGCAACACGAUCGUUUUGACUAGUUUCGUUCCAUAAAAACCGCACUCAGAUUCGUUCUGUGCCAUCGAAGGCAGUUGGAGAUUGUUUCCAAUGCAAAGUGAGAUAAUAAGUGAUCAACGGAUCGAAAACGAAGUGAAUUGUUUUUGAUGAAUGUGUCUUCUAUCUCGUAGAGUAACGAUUACAAUGUUGUUUCGAACUAACCACCUGAAUAUCAAUCAAAAACACAGAGCAUUUACGAUAAUGUAUUUACAGGCAGAGAAAAUAUAUACGUGUUACACACUUUUGAAAGAUCUAUUUUAAAUAAUGUCCCCUGUUGAAAAUAAAUAAUUAUUCCUUUAACAUA